AUGUCUCUUUCAAAUCCUCGCAGCCAGCUGCUCGCAGCUCUACUAAGCCGGCGAGCUUCGGCCAUUCGUUACACACGAGAUGCAUCUCUUACAUGUUUACAGUCUCGAUACAUAUCCACUGCUCCAAAGACCUCAGAAACACUGCCACCACAUUCGAAGCUGCCCCUGAAGAUUUUGCUACGGUCUCUAUUGGUGGCCACCAUCUCCUCCCACCGAGUCUUGCUGGGUCCGUCUCUAGCCAUUUUGGAAUUCCUCAACAGCUCGCACCGGAGCUGGAUCUUUGACGUGCAAAGAAAUCCCGUAUUGCACGGUCUACUGAAGAAGACCAUGUACAACCACUUCUGCGCCGGUGAGAAUCGAGGAGAGGUGACGUCAACGAUUGAGGAGAUCAAGCGAAUGGGCUUUCGGGGAGCCAUCCUCACAUAUGCCCGCGAGAUCGUCGUUGAAAACAGAACAGAGCAAGAGAGCGGCCGAGAAUUGAAGGAGGCGGGUUGCAGCUUGGAAACCGAAUUGGACACCGGUAUCGACGCAUGGCGUGAGGGUGUACAGAAGACGGUGGAAAAGCUCAGCGAAGAGGAUAUCUUGGCUCUCAAAUUGACUGGUGCCGGUGCCGCGGUCUCGGAGGCGCUGACUUCUAGAAAGCCCCUCCCAGCGCAGAUGGAGUCAGCUCUCGCAGACGUGUGCUCUCGAGCAAUGGAACGCGGGGCACGCAUCUUCAUGGACGCCGAACAGAUCUCAGUGCAGCUUGGAAUUGAUACCGUAGCGCUAGACCUCAUGCGCCGCUUCAACACAAAAGGAAAAGUGGCCGUCGUUUUCAACAACUACCAAGCAUAUUUGAAGAGCACACCAGACAUCCUGGCCCAGCACAUGACGCUGGCUGACAAGGACGGCUUCGUCCUCGGCGUUAAACUGGUACGCGGGGCUUAUAUCAGCUCAGAGCCGCGGCAUUUGAUCAACGACAGCAAGGAAUCAACAGACGACUCUUAUAACUCGAUUGCACGAGGGCUCUUGACCCAGGAGUACAGGGAGUUUGGCGCGCUGGAUGGAAAACCCUUCCCGAACACCGACUUGUUCCUUGCAACACACAACAAGGCCAGCGUUUUGGAGGCCAAUGAGUUACAACAGACUCGCGCCAAGGAAGGGAGACCCCUGAUCAAGAUUCAGUACGGACAGCUUCUCGGCAUGGCCGAUGAAGUCAGCUUCAGUCUGCUGCAGCUCGCAGACCAGGGUGCCGACGCGAAGACGUCACAAAACAAAGCCCCCAUAGAGGUUUACAAGUGCUUGAGUUGGGGCUCUCUUGGCGAUUUCGGAAUUCACUGCGUUGAAGAGAGAGUUGUGGAGGAGGAUUACAAGUUCUAA